AUGUCAAGUGGAAUUAAAAAACUAGCAAAUUUUAGUCGUGUCAAUGACAUUGCAACAGAUGUCAAUGAAUUUUUAACAUUUUCAUCAGGAAAAUCAUCAUCCGAUUCACAAAAUCAUAAUUCAGUUAAUAAUGAUUGUAGAAUAUUGUUAAGAAUUACAUCAUUUCAAUUUUUACCAAUUGAAUUGGCAUCUGACAGCGCAACAAUUUCAAAUCCUUUUUGUGGAAAUUGGAGAGUUAGAAUUGAGUUAAUUCACAAUGAAAAUAAUGAUGUGUUUGAUAGUUUUUAUUUUGAUUUAAAUGGAUCUCUAGUUCAAUCUCAUUCUUCUAUUGAAAAUGUUUUUACAAAUAAUAAUUCUGUCAAACCAUGUAAAAUUGCCCUGUCAAGUGUCAAUGGAUCAAAUUAUGAAGUUUGCUCUAAUUUAUUUGAUAUGAUUUUUGAAGAAAAAAUUACUUUAUCAUCAACUACACAACUUUCUCCCAGAAAAGAAUUAUAUUAUGCACUUUCGUAUACUUUCCCAUUUCCACACUUUCUAAUAGAUAAUUUAUUCUUUAAAAUUUCAAUUUACACCGUCGAAAAACCAUCCACUAAAAAACAACAGCAACAGCAACAAGAAUUAGGAAAUUCACUUAACAAUGUUGAAAAUCUAGUUGCCUAUUGUAAAACUGAUGUCAUUUCAACAAUGUAUCAACCUUUAAAUACUACUUUUUUAAAUAAGAAAAUUAGAGUGAGAGCUGUUAAAAAGAAGAAUAAUAUAACCUCUACAAAUGCUUUAUCAUCUUUUAAUACUACUAUAAAUGGAAAUAAUAAUACUACCCUAUCAAGUAUGAAUGGAAUAUCAAAUGUUGCAGUGAAUGGAAUUGUUGCUAAUGAAAAGGAACAAAAACCCAGAUGUAAUAUUCAAGUUAAAGUUGAAAAAUUUGUUUAA